ACGAGUGAUGGGCACGGCCUCGCCACCCAGGGAUGCUGCCCCAGGCAGGGGUUGGGGAGGGGGUUUGGGGUUUCCUCCCGCCGCUGCAAAGCCCAGCCCAGGAAAUUCUUCCGGGCAGCCUCUCAAGCCCCUCUUUGUGAGCCUGGGAUUUUUAAAAUGCCUUCCCCGGCGGUUGCGGACGCGGUGCCCAGCUCCCGGGGCUGCCUCGGGACAAGGGGACGGGGACGGGGCUGCGCCGCGGGGCAGGGAGCGAGGCUGCCAGACCCAACCUUUAGGGCAGGGGCUGCCCCUUCCCACUGAUGCCACCAAAACCGAGGGCUGCCACGCUCCCUACACACCACGGCGACCCCACGCCACCCGUGGGGGACACCCUCAGCAUCCUCCAGCACCCGCUGGGCUGCAGGGCGGGGGACUUGGUACGGGUCCCCCGGGGCCCGGGCUUGCGCCUCCUUCCCCAGCUGGCCGCAGCCUCCCCUCCAAACCCCGCUGGCUUGGCCCUGCCGCGCCGUGCCGCCCGCCGGCCUCGCUGCCAAGGCGCCGAUUUCCUGCCUCGCACGAGGCCCCGGGGCGACCUUUAUCGGGGAUUGCAGUGAUAGGACGCAGGGUGACGGCUUUAAACCAAGAGAGGGGAGAUUGGGGUUGGAGACUGGGAAUGGGUCCCUUCCAACCCAGCCCAUCCCAUGGUUCUGUGGUGCCAUGAUUCCCCGAUUCCAAGAUUCCCUGAUUGACUCCCUAACUGAUCCCCCGAUCCCCAUGCCCCACAGUUCCAUGAGCACACAGCCCGGGGACCCCCUCGUCUCCACGGGGCCGCGGUGGGGAGGAAGCCACCGGCUUCAUCCGGGGCCAGGGGGGCGGCGAGAGGAAGCGGUGGCUGCUGGCACCCUGCGACGGCGCGAAGGCGCGGGUCCCCUCCCCGGAAGGAAGGCGCCACCAGGGCCCAGCACCCCGCUGCCGGGACCCCUGCGGUGUGGGGCUGGGGGCUCCCCCCUACCCCAUCCCCUCAGCACCCCAGAUUUCCCGACGCCGCAGCCCCCUGUCCACGCAGAGCCGCCCGCUGCCAUGCCGGUGACCGUGACCUUGGCCGGCCCGGCCCCGUGGGGCUUCCGCAUCACGGGGGGAAGAGAUUUCGGGAAGCCCAUCACCGUCUCCAAGGUGAUGGAGCAGGGGAAGGCGGCCGCGGGCGACCUCCGCCCGGGGGACGUCAUCGUCUCCAUCAACGGGGAGAGCGCGGCCGAGAUGCUCAACGUGGAGGCGCAGAACAAGAUCAAGCAGAGCCCCGGGCAGCUCCGGCUGCAGGUGGAGAGGCUCCUGCUGCCCUCUCCCAGCCACACCAACGGGGACAGCUCUCCGGACAGGCUGGCCGCACGCUUCCAGGACACCGUGAGGAUGCGGGAGGAAGGCUCCUGGAGACCCCCGCCCUUCGCCCCCCGGCCCGUCAGCCCCAUCUCCCCCAGCCCGAGGCUCGCCGAUGGCCGGGGCGAGCUGGGGCUCGGUGGCCACAGCUCCCAGCCCCUGCCCAGCGCGCCCGAGGAGCUGCCACGUCCCGGCCUGCCCCAGGAGCCAGGAAGCCUGAGCCACCGCAACAGCUCCCCGGGGCCUCUCCUGCCUCCUUCCCCCCAGCCACCAUCGCCACCAAACCUCUGGGAGACGGGCAGGGAGCAGCGCCCGUCUUCGCCCUCCCCCGGCCCCCGCAACAGGUACGGAGCAGGUUUUUUUGGCCAGGAUGGAGGCAGGAAAGCCCCCAGCCCACCCGGCGUGGGUUCAACCUCUCCGAGGGAGCCCUGCAAAGAGUUAACGCACCUGCGAGGCAGGUCGGGGUGUGGGAGGUUUUUCGGGCAGGCUGGGGCAGGUGCGGGCAGCGGGUGCAGCGCGGCCGAUUCGGGUGCCCGGAGCCCCCCCGUCCCUUCCCCGCGGUGCCGUUCCCCCAGCCCGGGCCCCGAGCCGGCCAUGCGGCGCUUGGAGGAGGACUCGGAGGUGUACAAGAUGCUGCAGGAGAACCGGGAGCUGCGGGCGGCCCCGCGGCAAUCCAGCACCUUCCGCCUGCUGCAGGAGGCUCUGGAGGACGAGGGCGGAGCCGGCCCCGCAGCCCCCUUCCCCAGCCGGCUCUCGCCCAGCGCCCGCAAGCCGGUGGCCGGCGUCCAGAAGCUGCACACGUGCGAGAAGUGCGGCAGCAGCAUCGCGACGCAAGCGGUGAGGAUCCAGGAGGGUCGCUACCGGCACCCGGCCUGCUACGCCUGCUCCGACUGCGGCCUCAACCUGAAGAUGCGGGGACACUUCUGGGUGGGCGACGAGAUGUACUGCGAGAAGCACGCCCGCCUGCGCUACCAGGGCACCCCGGGGGGGCCCAGCGCCCCCCCUGCACCCACCCCAUCCUGAGCCCCCGCUGCCACCCGCGUCCCCUGCCGCCGCGGGGAGCAGAGGGCACCCGCGGCACCCCGGUGGCCCCGCUGCUUUGGUGGGGUGGGGGCACCUGGGGGGCCAUGGCCAGGUUGGGUGUGCGAUGAGCGGGGUCGGGUCUCGGCCUGGCCGUGCCCUGGGGUCCCUCGCUGUCACCGCCGGCACCCACGGGGACGCGGGGGACACAGGGGACGUGGGGGACACGGGGCACGUGGGGACGCUUGAGCACAUAGGCACCGGAGAGGGGGCUGGCACCGCUUCGCACCCUGCCUUCGAAGGGCUGCUCCGAGGUAUUAAAGCAGAUCUCUAUAUAAAUAUAAUAUAUACCUGC